GAGGGUUUUUAGGGCCGUUUCAAAAGUAUUGUUACAAAUUUCGUCUACUGUUUCCUAGCUCCAGUCAGGUUCCACAUUAACUUGUAGAUAGCUGCUGUACUGUGAUUAAGCCCAAUUCAAAUACAUUAUGACGCAUCCUUACAAUAAAUAUGCUGGACAUCGCCAUGGGAUUUGAAAUGAUGUGCCAGCUACAAAAUAUUGUAACGAAAUAGCUUCAACAGGAUGAGUGCAUGUUUAUUUUCUCAACACUUCUGGGGAGAAAAACAUUCAGGCUUUGAUGCCAUGUAUCAAAAUUUCAAGUUAUGUUAUCGCACUUCGUCUGAAUUCGCUGAAUUUCUCCGUGAAAGCUAUACAGCUGAGGACAAUUACUACAAAACACUAGUUAAACUAUCUAAACAAGCUGGAUCAUACAACAACACUAGUAGUUUCAAACCAUGUUGGUCUCUCCUCAAGCAGUUUAUUGACCAAAUCUCUCAGGUCCACUUAACUAUUGCACAAGAACGACAGAAUCUAUCAAGAGAUGUGCAAAAGUAUCUAGAGGAGCAGCACAAGAGACAGAAGCUUAUCAAAGAUACAGAAGCUUCCACUCAGGAAGUUGUGCAUGCUUUCCAGGUAGUCAUCCUCGUUCUAUGUAUAUCUUAUCUCAGAUUGGUAACAUUGAUCCAUUACAUAUAAAUUUCUUUAUUCCCGUGCAUUAUAUUUUCAGUAAUGGUUGUUACCAUUUACUCCAUGGUUUAUUAUGUUACAUCAUUGAGUCGUAUACUAGUGGGACAGUUUGUAUACCCCCUGGGACGCUCACUGAGUAGCUUUUAAUUCUAAACUGCUGAAAGUUAUGAUUUGACGAGGUCUAAAAUAGUUUUUUAAAAAUGAGUUCAGGUUAUGUUCUCAACGUUUCAUCGAAAAAAACCCAACUCACUUCAAGUUUAUUCUUAAGAAAUAUCAUUCAUCGCCAUGAAUUUAUUAGUCAGCAUCCUAUAAGUCCUGAUAGUCCGUAGAUUCAGGUGGAAAAGCUUUGGUGAACUAUUUAUAUGUAUGUAAGGAUUAUCUUCAAGACGAUAGAUUUUACCAGUUUUUUUAGUUUAUAAUCUUAUAAAACUUAUUUCUUGAGCUAAAAGUAGAAUAACUAUCUCUUCAUAAUUUUUGGUUGUUCUUUGGAGCUAUGAAAGUAAUGUUUCAUGAAUAGUACACGGUUUUUAUAUGGGGCUACUUUUUCUCAUUUAAUUACAAUUUCGCUACCCAGGUAACUUCCGUUCAACUUCAGAAGGCGAAGGAGGCAUAUCAUUCACGUUAUAAUGAAUACGAGCGUGCUAUGCGCUUGGAGUCUGGUUCCAAUCGAGAUCAGGAAAAACUGGAGGUCAAGCUUAAGAAAGCUCAAGAUGAGUACAAAUAUUCGGUCGAAAAGUACAAUAACCUACGCAACCAGUUCGUUAGCAAAAUGCACAUUUCAUGUGCACAGUUUGAGGAAAUCGAAGUUGCACAUCUGGAACAGAUGAAAGAAUUUCUACAUCGGUAUGCAUCUGUCUGGUCCAUCACAGGUGAUGCUUUAGGAAAAUUACAUAAUCAGUUUGAUCGUGAUUUGACUGAGUUAACUACGGACAGAUUAUUGAAUAUUCUUGUAACCGAAAGAGGCACUGGGACUUCGGAACCACAAGGUGUGCAGUUCGAAGAUGCAGAGGUUGCUGCUGCGUUUUCAUCAAAUGCAACUGAACGUGCCAACGGAAUAACAGCCAAUGGUGUUCGUGCUUUGGAGGCAUUUUUCGCUCGCGAAGCCAGAGCUGCAUCUGCACUUGCAAUUGUAGGUUCUUGUACCAAAGAUAAUGGCGAAUCAAGUCUCAACAGCCUAACAGAUGUUAGAUCAGACGCGGUCUCUGUAACUAGUAUUUCCGUAGGUGUUGUGCCGUCGGUAACAAAUAUAUCAAUUUCUGGCAAUGGAACCGCAAAACGCCGAGAAGGUUUUUUUCGUCGACGCCGUAAUUCCUUAUCACAGGAUCCUGCUCCUGCUGUCGGUGAUAAUAACGCAACAGGGUCGUCCACCUCAGUCGGUGCGGCCGUUGGGACAAACACCAAUAUUCAAGCUAGUGGUAGUAUCAGCCUCAGUGCUUUCACCGUUGUUGCCAAACGUGGGAUUCGUCGAUUAGGCACUCCUUAUUCAAAUGGCAAAGAUAAACCAAUAAAGCAAAUGGACAAGUCAGAUAACAUUACUUCAAAAAGUGAUGAUUGGCGAACUACUACACCCGUAGAAUUACCGAAAGACGAAGACGGUUAUAACAUUAGACCACCUGAUCCAUGGGGUGAAAACUCUUCAAAUUUCAAUCAUUCUGAGGCUGAUGACUCAGGUUCCGAAGAAGAUCUAGAAAGCAAAGCGAACAAAACAUUUCAUGGUCUAAAAGUUAAUAUCCGUCCAGUCGGAGAGUUUGCUCCAGGAGUAGCGCUUAAAUAUAAUGGGGAUAAAUUAGAAUCUCGUCCAAAGCCUUUAGAGACAAGAAGUCCGAAAAGCACUGGGAAUUCACAAGUCCCUUUACUUAUUGAUCAUCGUGUCGGAUCAACACUUAGAUCACCACGUUCAAGCAUAUCUUCAUAUCAAAAUAUCCCCAUCACUUCAGGAUCGGAUAGCGUAUCAAAUCAUGAUUUGAUUAAUGCAUUACCUCUUCCACCAUUGUUACCGCCCCCUCCUCCACCGCCAUCGUCAUCAGUGUCAUCAUCUACCACUGAGUCGUUUACUUCUAUCGGUGCUGGUGGUUCCAUGCGCACUCGGAAUGUCGGUUUGUCAUCGUUUAAUACAUUCAGUAAGGGUCAUUCAAUAUCAGCGAUACGUCCACGUGGAUACAGUUGCAAUACAUGGACUAAAAAAGGAAAUUCAAGUCAACUCAAUUCUGCAAAGUCAUUGGAAUCAAAAGAUGAAACUAAAAAUGCAACUUUCAGUUUGUCUUCUUUUGAGACCCUAUUCACAGUACAAGAAACUAAUACAAAAGAUAUUCAGUCAAAUAAUAGUAAAGAUCCCGUUCAGAAAGACUGCUCUUCAGAUUUUAAAUUUGGUUUUAAAGAUUCUGAUAGUUGUAAUAGUUUAAUAGAUACUUUACAAAGAAUUUCAUCAUCUGCAAUGGGUGUUAAUUUAUCACCUGUAAAGAAUGAUGGUGAUGGUGGCUUAUUUCGACGAUGUUCUAGUACAGCACCUACUUCAAUGGAUAAUGAAUCAAUUGAUCAAUCUAAUUGGAUGGCUUUUGAAACAAAUUCAACUGAGACAAGCAAAUCCUUCAGUCCUUCUGUACCCUGGCCAUCUUCUAACGCUAAUAUACAUGGUACUGUAGUUGGUAAAGAAGCUCGACCUAUUCCUGAACCUCCAACACGCCUUCAUAAUCAUCCGAAUAAUAGUUCCAUUAUUGAACCAUGUAUUACAUCUUCUCCUUCUACCUAUUCAAUUAAUUCGCCAAAUAAUUCAAUUUGCUUAGCUGCUGCAUUUACAGAGACUUGGCAUGCCCGGUUUUUUAACGGUGGUGGCAGCUCUUUUUCAACCGCAGCCUCUACUGGUCAACCUCCUAUUCAAGCAAUCAAUGGUAGUUUAACACUUGCAUUUCCACGUGUGGAUAUGGAACAAAGACUAUUCAAUAAAUUACUUAUUCCCCCUCUUGUGUUUAGAAUUACAAACGCUGAAAGAUUAAAGGAUCUACAACCUAAACUUUCUGGCUCAUCAAUCAGUUUGUUUUCUGAAAGUACAACUCCUACUGCUGAUAAACCUCAACCAAUUUUACUCGAGAAUUUGGCAGAUAACAAUGCAACACAAAUAAUCAAUAGUUGUAAUAAUAAUAGUUCAGAUUAUAUGCUUACUAUUCCUGGUGAUGUUCUUUCAAGUUAUCUUGCUCCGUUGAUAAUUGCUCAUUCAGAUGAAAACUCAUUUUCUUGUAGUGAUACAUCUGAUAAGUUAAAUACCUCUUUUACAUCUAAUACACCUACUUAUGUUAAAUUAGAUGUAUUAACUUAUACAGUUGAUGUGAAUGCCGAUGUUAAGGGAUACUAUCCUAGUCUUACACCUCCAAUACAUUUAUGUACAUACUGGCGUUGUGAAGCAUCAAGUACAGAUUUUCGUUUGGAUUAUACAGCACAAUGGCCUACACCAACUACUGCUAAAGAACUUGUGAAAAAUACUGGAGAUUUGCGAAUAAAUCUCAUGAUUGAUGGAACUGUUAGCCAUAUGCAAAGUCUUCCAGUUGGUACGUGGCUCCCAGAAGUCAAUCAUGCUACAUGGCGUAUCCCACUUCACAAUACUAAUAUUGAUCGUAACUUAUCAAGGGAUAAUAAUAGUAAUAGUGCACAUCGGUCCGAAUUCACUUCGAAAUUCGAUGCAACUGGUACUGUUCGAGCGAAAUUCACAUUAACGAAUGGCCCAGGCAAGCCACAACCUGUUAGUUUACAAUUCUAUCGUGAAGGCUCCUUAGCUAGUGGUGUACAAUUGUUUGUUAUUUCGUCUGAUUAUCGUAUGAAUUUAUGUAAAUAUCGUCUGAUUGGUGAUCGAUAUAUAUGUGAUCCACCAACAAAUGUGAAUCGUUUUCAUUCAAAUUCAACGCUUCAUUUAGAACAAAAUAACAACAAUACAAUAUUUAAUUCUCUAGUUAUUACUGAGAACAAGAACAUUAAAAAUAAAAAUGAUAAUAUAAAGGAGCAUAAAAUAAAUCCAACCAGUUUAUCUUCAAUCACUGACACACUUAAAUUAAGUCAUUUACAGUAAAAGUAAUUUUUUGACUUUUUGUGCCUCCAAUGCGAUUAAACAAAUCAUCUGGGUUUUGUAUUAUUAUUUUGAAUUCAUCCAUUAAAUAUGCAUAAUUCCCUUUGAAAAUUAAUUAUAGUUUGAUUCAAUUAACUGUUGUACCAACUAAUUCUCUUAGUAUUAUUGUCACAUUAACUGAUAUUGCAAAUACACCACAUUUAUCGUUUUCUCUACUCCGUUUAAAUUAUUUAUUUAUUUUAUACCUGAAUAACUAGUUACGUAUAUAUAUCCUUUCUUCCCUUUCUGUUUGGGUUCAUUUAUUUACUUUAAAUGAUUAUAAUUAUUUUGAAAACAUUUAAAGCAAAUAUGUAAAUUUCGGUAAUUUCUCGUCGAGUUUCACAAUUACAAAAUAAGAAUAUUCAAGUUAGAUUGUGUUGAACAGAAUUCUAUGUGAGACAUGUACUUUUAUUAUUCUGUUUUAUUCUCAUUACUGUCAGCUGUAUUUUACAUACAUACAUACACACACACACUUGUUCACAUUAUUAAUAAUUCACUCCUUGUGUAUUGUUCUUUUACGUACACAUUUUUUAAUAAACUAAAUCUGAAUAACACUUCUAUUGGUCAUCACCAUUAUUGUAUCAUUUGAUUCGUAUACAUGUAUGGUUAUUCAACUAACCAUGAUGGUUUCCGAAUGUUGUGCCGAAUAAAUAUUUUUAUUUUUGUAAAUUGUAAAGUUUAAUGGGAAAUCACUGAAGUUUACAUAUCUGCUCAAAUGAUUUUCUCAAUUUAUAAUGAUGGAAACCUCUUAGCAAUAUUACAUCAUUGAUAAAAAAAGAUUAAUCAACUGUUGAUCUAUGUAUACUGACCAAUUACUAAUGUGUAAUAAUUAUCCUAGUGUAUAUUGAAUCCCCCCUAGUAUUUUCUCGUUUAAAUCUUCACUAUAAUUAAUUCCUUUCGUCAGAAUCGUUGUCUUUCUUAGACAGAGAGGUAGAAAUCGAUACCUUUCGUCUUCUGCUGUUUAUGUCAUCUUUUAUAUGGAAUGCUUUCACUAUAUCUGUCGAAAUGUUACCCACUACUUACCUGUUUAUGAAUAAUUUCUUAUUUAUUACUUACCCAUGUGUAUUGAUAAUCGAUGAGAUAUUGAUUCUUUAUUUCCUUAAGGCUAACAUACAGAUAGCUGAAUUUUGCAUCGUACCUGUUUUUAUCACCUACUAUCCUUCCAACAAAAUGUAAAUUUAAUACUGACUUCUGUUUCUUUUCAAUUAUUAAUCUUAACAGUUUGAGCUGAGAAAGCAUAGAGUAGUGAUUAAUUAAGUUCCAUUCAUUUAUUCUUCAUUAAUGUUCAUUGACUUUUUCUGUGUUCUUCCACUAAGAUUGUUAGCCAUAUAGUCAUUUAAUUCGCUUGUUAAAUAGAAUUUUUUGUCUGCCUUUAAAUAUUUUACUUCGGAUAAUGUAUAUUAUUGAUUCUUAGUUGUGUUGUCAAUUCUGGUAGUCAGAUUUUAAUGAUAAUAACUACCAUAAUCAUCAGAUUAAUAAAUGAUUAAUUGAUGAGUACGUUGUAAUGUUAUGCCUUUACUACUGCAAAUAAUAAUCACUGUAUACGUGUCGAUAACCUAGUAUAAGCUUGUGUACAUUUAGCUUUUCUGGUCAUCGGUGACUAUCUUGUUACAUGCCCAAACUGAAAUUUUCAAAGCUAGAUUCAUAUUUGCAAUCUAUUCAUACUAAAUAUCAAAUGCUCUAAUCAAUGAACUAUUGAUAUUUCUAUAACUGGAACAUACAGUCAACAUUUUACCAAUAGUAUUCAUCAGUUAUGUAAAAUGAGUUUACCAACUUACUACCAAACAUUAUGAAAACUAAUAUCAGAUACAAAUCCAACUCACAGAGUAGCGAUAAUAGGUAUAGUGAUGAUGGUCUAGUCUUUCUCAAAGUCUGAUUGUCAGUCUCUAGGACUACAAUGGGUACUUUUUUACCUUACAAUUUAUACUUUCCAAGUAAGCACAACAGUACUAUUAUCGAACUGGUUCAAAUUGUAACUUAACUUUAUGUUGGUAAUCCCACUUAUUUACGUUAUAAUGGUUCAUGUAAUCAGCUUUGAACCACAUUGUCUGAAGGUAAGUAAUAAUACCGGACUUCCUAGAUCGGAAAGGGUACAUAGACCUUCAACCCUGUAACCUUUUGGCUACAAUUCUAAUUCUUCAACCACCAAAAUAUUGCUUAGCAUCUAUGUAUCCAUUUUAAUGUCCACAAACUUAUAUUUAUUGGUCUUUUAUUAUUCAAUACAGAUAUGCAUUUGGUUAUACCUACAUGAAUAUAAUUUGUUUUUUUUAACCGAAGAAGAAAAGAUAUUUGUUAUAAAGAAGGACAACGACUUUUGAAAUUGUUCCGUAUUAUAAAACCCACUUCACAUGCGCCAAUAUUCUAUCCUAACAUUUUUUUUCUACCCAUUUAUAUCAUUCCAAUUUACUUGUUGAAUCUAUUGAAGGCUAUCUUCUUUUUUUAUGCCUAUCUGCUUUUUUAUAAUAUUCUCUAUCAAUUGUGACUUACUUUAAAUGUUUCGUUGUUUUAUUCAAGCUACAAAUAAUAUGUUCAUUUUAAAAAAGUAAAACAGUCGAUUUUCUUUUCAGAUACAUCAGACAUUUUUAGUGACAUAGUUCUGUCAAUUAUAUUAUUAACUAUCUUCUUUCCUUUCGGUCUUUCUUAGUUUAAACAAAAUAUCUGGUAAGAUUCAUUUGAAUAAAAAUGAAUUACAGUAUACAAUCAUUUUAUUCAACAUAUCAUCUGAUAUUUCCACUUUCAAAAUUAUUAUUAUUAUUAUUACUAUUAGUUACUACACAAAAUAACAUAAACUGGUAAGAACUGAG